UCAAAGCUUUUUCGAGUAGCAGCAGUAAUGCACAGAUGUUUCCUGUGUGUGGUUUUAUUUGAGGAAAGUGGGCGCUGCCACUGACGCACAAACACAAACCUUAUGGGUGUACGACAACGAUCGAGACCUUAGAUGUUGUUUCUGUGACGGAAACUUCAGCAGCCAAACAGUCGUUAGUCUGAAGAGUCUGUGGUGACCUGAUUCUCUCCAGAAGGAUCAGUGGACUGAGCCUCGUGCUCCGGGUGCACGUUUGUGUUUCAGUCAUUCAAACAAUUUGAUGAACUUUGGAUAAACGUGGUUGUUACUGCUCUGAUCAUCUGCACAGAUAGAAAGACCUCAAACCUCUGGACGUGGACACACAGUGAAAUAUGCAUCAUGUGGACGUCUCUUGACUUUGUGGACUUUGGAAUAGCGGUGCUGUCCCGUGGAGACAUGGCGGCGCUGAGGUGGGAGGUUCCCAUGUUGCUGGCGGUCGUCCUGCUGGUUUCCUGUGACGCUGCGUCCAGCGACAUCCUUUAUCGAGUUUCUGAGGAGCAGCCGCCCAACACGCUGAUCGGCAGCUUGGCGUCAGACCGCGGCCUCCCCGACGUCGGCCACCUCUACAAGCUGGAGGUCGGCACGCCCUAUCUGCGGGUGGAAGGAAAGACCGGCGACAUCUACACCACGGAGAUCCCCAUCGACCGAGAGACGCUGCAUGACUGCCGCAACCUGUUUGAGGGCGACAAGUGUUUCCUGGAGUUCGAGGUGUCGAUCACCGACAUGGUGAAGGGCCUCGGCAUGGGGCCACGGCUGAUCGAAGGCCGCAUCGAGGUGCUGGACAUCAACGACAACACGCCGCAGUUCUCCUCGCCCAUCCUCUCCCUCUCCAUCCCCGAGAACACGCACAUCGGCGCCCUCUUCGCCAUCCCCAUGGCCAGCGACAGGGACUCAGGCGCCAACGGCGUGGGCGAGUACACGCUGACCACCGGGCCCGACGCCGACCAGCUCUUCGCCCUGCAGGUCGCCGUGGACUCGGACGAGAAGCUGCCGCAGCUGGUGGUCAUGGGCGUCCUGGAUCGUGAGAAGAAGGACUCGUACGACCUGAACAUCCGGGUGGUGGACGGGGGGAAGCCGGCGAGGGCGAGCAGCGCCCUGCUGCGGGUCACCGUCACCGACCAGAACGACAACGUGCCCAAGUUUGAGAGGAGUCACUACGAGGCCGAGCUCCCGGAGAACAGCCUGCUGGGUCACUCGGUGCUGCAGGUCAGAGCCAAUGAUGCAGACACCGGCCUCAACGGAGAUAUCGACUACAGCCUCCAUCAGGCGUCAGAGACCGUUCAGAGGCUUCUGCGCAUCGACCGCUCCACUGGAAUCAUAUACGUCAAAGGCCUAGUGGACCGCGAGGACGAGAGUUUCCUCAAGUUCUUUGUGGGUGCGAGAGAUCGUGGGCCCAACUCCAAGUACUCCAAGGUCCUGGUGACCAUCAACGUCAGGGAUCACAAUGACAACGCACCAGCGAUCGAGAUCCGUGGCAUUGGCUUGGUGACGCAUCAAGACGGUGUGGCCAACAUCUCUGAGGACAUGCCCAUCGGCACCCCGGUGGCGUUGGUCCAGGUGUCAGACCGUGACGAGGGGGAGAAUGCUGUGGUUACUUGUGUAGUUGCCGGUGACGUCCCAUUCCAGCUCCGACCUGCAAGUGAGUCCGCCAACGAUCGGAAGAGGAAGUACUUCCUGCAGACAACUACCCCGCUGGAUUAUGAGCGUGUAAAGGAAUACAGAAUUGAAAUUGUCGCUGUGGAUUCUGGGAACCCCGCCCUGUCCAGCACCAACUCCCUCAAAGUCCAGGUCACUGACGUGAACGACAACACGCCCAACUUUUCCCCUGCGAUGCUCGAGGUGGACUUUCCGGAGGGAAAUCAACCAGGUGAUAAAGUUCUGGAUGUCGUGGCAACGGACGCAGACAGUGGCACCAACGCAGAACUGGCCUAUAGCAUCAUCGAGCACUCAGCCACCAGGCUCUUUGAGAUCGACUCCGACACAGGGGAGCUGCGUGUGAGGAACCUGUUGGAUCGGGAGGAUACCGAGCGCUAUGAGUUCCGUGUGGCAGCCGCCGACAAGGGGGUUCCAAGCAAAACUGGCACUGCUACGGUGGUGAUUAAUGUCCUGGACCGCAACGACAACGACCCCAAAUUCAUGCUGAGCGGCUACAGCUUCUCCGUCAUCGAGAACAUGGCUCCGCUCAACCCUGUCGGCGUGGUGACCGUCACUGAUGCUGAUAAAGGUAAAAACGCCCGAGUCAGGCUGUUUGUGGAACCGGACAACGGGAAGUUUGUCAUCCAGAAUGGCACCGGAACCAUCCUGUCCAGCAUCUCUUUUGACCGCGAGAAGGAGAGCACCUACACCUUCCGUCUGAGAGCCGUGGAUGGAGGUGACCCUCCUCGAUCUUCUUACGUAGGAGUUACCAUCAAUGUCCUGGAUGAGAACGAUAACGCCCCCUAUGUCACCAAACCGGCCAACUCUACCUACACUUACUUGACACCUGUCACUCAACCGGAGACCCUGGUGGAGGUGGUAGAGGCUGAGGAUAUUGACUCUGGACCCAAUGCUGAGCUGGUCUACACCAUCACAGGCGGAAACCCGUUUGACCUGUUCUACAUCUCGCCCAGCAGCGGGGAGAUCACACUGGCGCAGGAAUUCACUGGAAAGCACAAUGGGCUGCACCGACUUGUCGUGAAGGUCAGUGACAAAGGGAAACCUCCACGCCACACCACGGCCCUGGUCCACGUGUAUGUCAACGACACCAAGUCCAAUGUGUCCGUCAUCGAGGCGCUGGUCGGACACAGCCUCUACACCCCUCUGGACAGGGACAUCGCUGGAGAUCCCAACUACGCCCUUGCUCAGCGCAGCAACAUCUUGUACGGCAGCCUGGCAGGGAUCGCCGGUGUGAUCAUGGUCAUUGUAGCCGUGGUGGUUAUUAGACACCGGCUGCAGAAGGACACAAAGAGCGGCUAUCAGGCCGGCAAGAAGGAAAGCAAGGACCUGUACGCUCCGAAGCAGGGACCCAAAAAUGGCAAGGGGAAAAAGAGCAAAAAGGGUCGAGCUCCAAAACCUGCCAAGCCCCUGGAGGAGGAGGAGGAGGCCAGUCUGCAGAAAGGCCUCAAGUUCAACCUCAUUAACGAGAGUGUCACCGACAGUCCCAGAAUCCACCUGCCCCUGAACUACCCACCAGGAAGCCCCGAUCUGGGGCGACACUAUCGCUCCAAUUCCCCCCUCCCCUCCAUCCAACUGCAGCCACAGUCGCCUUCAGCCUCCAAGAAGCACCAGGCGGUUCAGGACCUCCCCGCCACCAACACCUUUGUGGGAACAGGGGACAACAACUCCACAGGCUCCGACCAAUAUUCGGAUUACAGCUACAAGGCCAACCCGCCCAAAUACAGCAGCAAACAGCCCCCCCACCGCCGAGUGACCUUCUCCACGGCCAACCAGGCCCAGGACCUGCAGGACGCGUCCCAGCACAGCUACUACGACAGCGGCCUGGAGGAGUCGGAGACGCCCAGCUCCAAGUCGUCCUCGGGGCCCCGCUCCGGGCCCCUGGCGCUGCCGGAGGACCACUUCGAACGCACCACCCCCGACGGCAGCAUCGGCGAGAUGGAGCACCCGGAGAACGACCUCAGGCCCCUCCCCGACGUGGCGAUGACCGGUAACUGCACCCACGAGUGCACCGAGUUCGGCCACUCCGACUCCUGCUGGAUGCCCGGUCAGCUGUCCCCCACCCGCAAGGUGUCACAGAACGCCCCCCCGCUCUCCACCUUCGUGCCUUACCAGGAGAUGGACGGGCAGGAGCAGCUGAUGGCCAACGGCAGCCCCAAGCCCCUGAUGACGGAGGAGCGCGGGAUGGGCGGUGGCGGCGGCGGCGGUUCCAAAGUGGCCAACAUGCGCUUCAUGACCCCGUACAGCAGUGCCUACCCCGGGGGCGGAGACUCGUCUGGGAAAGACUGUGGGCUGGAGGAGAUCCCGCUGAGCCAGGCGGUGGAGUUCCACUCGGCGACCACGCCCACCGGCCAGACCGCCAAGAGGGAGAUCUACCUGUGA